UACGUAGAGCCUGGCAAUCCAUGUUUCUAAAAUUGUUCACCAUAGCCAUGAUAUCUGGAUCAAUCUUAAUGCCAAUAGUGGCAGAUACAAUACAACCGCGAUACGCUGUAGAUCAUUAUGCCAAAUUUUUACCCGAUUCUGCCAAGCAUCGAGUAUUUAUUUGGCAUUUCGUUGCCGAGCAAAUUGCUAAAAAACCAAUUCUAGGAUAUGGGUUUGCUGCUUCAAGAAAUUUCGAAAUAAAGGAACAAGAUUUUGUUAAAUAUAAUCAGUGGAGAUAG